GUUGUUGUGUUCAUGUGUCAAAGUUAUCUUAAAAGUCAUUAAUGAUGUGUACUUGAUAUUUUAUGUAUAUUGUAACAUAACAGUGAGAGACAAACAUGGUUCAAAUAAUUAAUAACAUGGAAUUGUUUCCAAAAUCCUCAUUGAUUAUGCCAUACUUGGCGUUAUUAAUUAUGGAAUUAUUCAUUGACUUAUCAGAUUGUGCCUCACAGGCUGAAAUAGACAGGCACUUGGAGUUAGGUACACAAUAUCUAGUUAAAGGACAAUUAUCAGAUGCCCUUAGUCACUAUCACUCAGCUGUUGAGGCUGAUCCUAGCAAUUAUUUAACGUAUUUUAAGAGAGGAACAGUGUAUUUAGCCUUGGGAAAAGCUAAAAAUGCACUUUCCGACUUGGACAGGGUGUUAGAGUUAAAACCAGAUUUUACAGCUGCUCGAAUAAAUAGAGGCAACAUUCAUCUAAAACAAGCUAAUUAUGACUUAGCUCAAUUAGAUUUUUAUAAUGUGAUAAAAAUAGAUCCAUACAAUGAGGAAGCUAAUUUAAAUAUUCAAAGAAUAGACCCUACCAAAGAAGCUUUAAACACAGCUAAAUAUUACUAUGCUCAUAAUGAUUACCCUUCUGCAAUUCGAUCUUUAAGUGAAGUACUAGAAGUAAGUCCCUGGGCAUCCGAUUUGUAUGAGUUUAGAUCAGAAUUGCAUAUGGAGUUUGGGGAAGAAAUGGCUGCAAUUUCUGACCUAAGGUAUGCCACUAAGCUGCAAGCUGAUAAUACUGAAGGCUAUCUUAAAUUAUCGCAAUUGUUGUACAAAGCUGGACAAGCAACAGAUGCAUUAAAAUCCAUUAGAGAAUGUUUGAAAUUGGACCCCGAACACAAAGAUUGUUUUCCAUUUUACAAGAAGAUCAAGAAAAUAGAGAAGUUUUUAGUUGAAGCUGAAUUGGCUAAUGAAAACAAGAAUUAUGAAGGCUGUGUUGAGGCAGCAAACAAAGUUUUGAACAAUGAAAAAGACACACAAAGCAUAAUUAAUGAAGCCAAACGGUUUUUGUGCACUUGCUACUCAAAUGAUGAAAAGUCAGAGGAGGCUAUUAAAUUCUGCACGGAUGCUAUUAAAGCCAAUGAGGACCCAAACUUAUUCUGUGAUAGAGCUGAGGCUUACCUGCAAGCAGAAAUGUAUGAUGAUGCCGUCAGGGACUACCAAGCUGCUUUGGAGAUUGAUUCUGCAUUCCAAAGGGCAAAAGAAGGUUUAAAUAAGGCGGAAAAAGUUAGAAAACAGGCUGAAAGUAGGGAUUACUAUAAAAUUUUGGGGGUCAAAAGGAAUGCAAACAAAAAAGAAAUCGUCAAGGCAUACAGGAAGGCUGCUCAGAAAUGGCACCCAGAUAAUUAUGCAACUGAUGAAAAAAUGAAGGCCAUUGCUGAGAAGAAGUUUAUAGAUAUUGCUGCAGCCAAAGAAGUUUUGACAGAUGAAGAAAAAAGGCGGCAAUUUGAUGCUGGUGAAGAUCCACUGGAUCCAGAAUCUGGAAGAGGUGGUAUGCCUAACUUUCAAAACUUCCAAAACUUCCAUGGUAGUCCAUUCCAAUUUAGGUUUCACUUCAAUUAGUCUUGUUUUUUUGUACAUAUUUAGAAAUGAAAUGAACAAUUUUUAAUUAUAAAAAGUGGUUAUUGUAGCAUAUAUUGCUAUAAGUGAGAGUGAAUACCAAGUGCAACUCAGGACUUGUUAUUUAUUUAUUAUUGCCACACUGUUGAUAUGAUAGUGUAAAAGGACUGAAUAUCAUCUGUAAAAUGCCUAGCAUUUACAUUUAAAUUAUUGUACAUAUUUUUAAUAUUUAAAUUAA